GAAAUUAGACAAGUAAACGAAACAGCGAAAUGGAGAACUUCACACCCAAAGAGGUGAAGAUCCUCGAGACAGUCGAGGACAUCCAAGAGCGACGUGAGCAGGUUUUGUCCCGCUACAAUGACUUCAAGAUCGAGACACGUCAGAAGCGUGAAAAACUCGAGGAUUCGCGCCGCUUCCAGUACUUCAAGCGCGAUGCCGACGAGCUGGAGUCAUGGAUACACGAGAAGCUGCAGGCGGCCAGCGAGGAGAGCUACCGCGAUCCGACCAACCUGCAGGCCAAGAUCCAGAAGCACCAGGCCUUCGAGGCAGAGGUGUCGGCGCACAGCAACGCCAUCGUGUCGCUGGACAACACCGGCCAGGAGAUGAUCAACCAGCAGCACUUCGCCUCCGAGGCGAUCCAGGUUCGCCUCGACGAACUGCACAGGCUGUGGGAACUGCUCCUCAGCCGCCUGGCCGAGAAGGGUCUAAAGCUGCAGCAGGCCCUCGUUUUGGUGCAGUUCCUUCGUCAGUGCGAGGAGGUCAUGUUCUGGAUCAAGGACAAGGAGACCUUUGUCACCGCCGACGAGUUUGGUCAGGAUCUGGAGCAUGUUGAGGUUUUGCAGCGCAAAUUCGAUGAGUUCCAGAAGGACAUGGCUUCGCAGGAGUACCGCGUCACCGAGGUCAACCAGUUGGCUGACAAGUUGGUACAGGAUGGCCAUCCAGAGCGUGACACGAUCACCAAGCGCAAGGAGGAAUUAAACGAGGCUUGGCAGCGACUGAAGCAGUUGGCCAUUGUGCGCCAGGAGAAGCUCUUUGGUGCCCACGAAAUCCAGCGUUUCAAUCGCGAUGCCGACGAGACAGUCGCCUGGAUUGCCGAAAAGGAUGUGGUGCUGUCCUCCGAUGACUAUGGCCGGGAUUUGGCCAGUGUUCAGGCGCUGCAGCGUAAACACGAAGGUGUUGAGCGUGACUUGGCCGCACUGGAGGAUAAGGUUUCCACCCUAGGAGCCGAGGCCCAGCGCCUGUGUUCCAUCCACGCCGACCACAGUGACCAGAUCCGCGACAAGCAGGCCGAGAUUGCCAACUACUGGCAGAGUCUCACCACCAAGGCCCGCGAGCGCAAGCAGAAGUUGGAUGAAUCCUACUACCUGCACCGUUUCCUCGCCGACUUCCGGGACCUGGUGUCCUGGAUCAAUGGCAUGAAGGCCAUUAUCUCGGCCGAUGAGCUGGCAAAGGAUGUGGCUGGAGCAGAGGCGCUUUUGGAACGCCACCAGGAGCACAAGGGUGAGAUUGAUGCCCGCGAGGACAGCUUCAAGCUGACCACCGAAUCCGGACAGAAGCUGCUGGAGCGUGAACACUAUGCCGCCGCCGAAAUCCAGGAGAAGCUGGCUGCUUUGGAGAACGACAAGAGCUCUCUGCUGUCGCUGUGGGAGGAUCGUCGCAUCCUGUACGAGCAGUGCAUGGAUCUGCAGCUGUUCUACCGUGAUACGGAGCAGGCAGACACCUGGAUGGCCAAGCAGGAAGCCUUUUUGGCCAAUGAGGAUCUUGGCGAUUCCCUUGACUCGGUGGAGGCGCUGAUUAAGAAGCACGAGGACUUUGAGAAGAGUCUGGCCGCCCAGGAGGAGAAGAUUAAGGCCCUGGAUAUCUUUGCCACCAAACUUAUCGAUGGCCAGCACUAUGCCGCCGAUGAUGUGGCCCAGCGUCGCCAGAUGCUCCUUGCCCGACGAGCUGCCCUCCAGGAGAAGUCGUCUAAGCGUCGCCAGUUGCUGGAAGACUCAAACCGCUAUCAGCAGUUCGAGCGCGAUUGUGACGAGACCAAGGGCUGGAUCAGCGAGAAGCUAAAGUUCGCUACUGAUGACAGCUACCUGGAUCCCACCAACCUGAACGGCAAGAUGCAAAAGCACCAGAACUUCGAGCACGAGCUGAAUGCCAAUAAGUCGCGCAUUGAGGACAUCACCAACGUGGGCACCGAACUGAUUGAGAAGCAGCACUAUGCCGCCGAUCAGAUCAACACCCGGAUGCAAGAGAUCGUGGUGCUGUGGGAGACCCUGGUCCAGGCUUCGGACAAGAAGGGAACCAAGCUGAACGAGGCCUGUCAGCAGCAGCAGUUCAACCGCACCAUCGAGGACAUCGAGCUGUGGUUAAGCGAGAUCGAGGGACAGCUGCUUUCAGAGGAUCACGGCAAGGACCUGACCUCCGUCCAGAAUCUGCAAAAGAAGCACGCCCUGCUGGAAGCCGAUGUGAUGGCCCACCAGGAUCGCAUUGAGAGCAUCAAGGUGGCGGCUAACAAGUUCAUCGAAUCAGGCCACUUUGAUGCGGACAAUAUCCGCAACAAGGAGGGCAAUCUCUCGGCCCGCUAUGCCGCCUUGGCCGCCCCCAUGGGCGAAAGGAAGCAGCAUCUGCUGGAUUCCCUCCAGGUGCAACAGCUCUUCCGCGAUUUGGAGGACGAGGCUGCCUGGAUCCGCGAGAAGGAACCCAUUGCCGCAUCCACGAACCGCGGUCGCGACUUGAUUGGUGUGCAGAACCUGAUCAAGAAGCACCAGGCCGUGCUGGCCGAGAUCAACAACCAUGAGGCCAGGCUUUUGAAUGUGAUCAGCUCGGGCGAGAACAUGCUGAAGGAUCAGCCCUUCGCCAGCGACGAUAUCCGCCAGCGCUUGGAGGCUCUCCAGGAGCAGUGGAACACGCUCAAGGAGAAGUCCAGUCAACGCAAACAGGAUUUGGACGACUCUCUGCAGGCUCACCAGUACUUUGCCGAUGCCAACGAGGCGGAGUCGUGGAUGCGCGAAAAGGAACCGAUUGCCACGGGCAGCGACUACGGCAAGGACGAGGAUUCUUCGGAGGCUCUCCUCAAGAAGCACGAGGCUUUGGUCUCCGAUCUGGAGGCCUUUGGCAACACCAUCCAGGGGUUGCAGGAGCAGGCCAAGAACUGUCGCCAGCAGGAGACGCCCGUUGUGGACAUUACUGGCAAGGAGUGCGUGGUUGCCCUUUACGACUACACGGAGAAAUCCCCUCGUGAGGUCUCCAUGAAGAAGGGCGAUGUUCUGACCCUGCUGAACUCGAACAACAAGGACUGGUGGAAGGUUGAGGUCAACGAUCGCCAGGGCUUCGUCCCAGCUGCCUACAUCAAGAAGAUCGAGGCCGGAUUGAGCGCUUCGCAGCAGAACCUGGUGGACAACCAUUCGAUUGCCAAGCGCCAGAACCAGAUCAACUCGCAGUACGACAACCUGUUGGCCCUCGCCCGCGAGCGUCAAAACAAGCUGAAUGAGACCGUGAAGGCCUACGUCCUUGUGCGUGAGGCUGCCGACUUGGCCCAGUGGAUCCGGGACAAGGAGAACCACGCCCAGAUCGCCGAUGUUGUGGGAGAGGAUCUGGAGGAGGUGGAGGUGCUCCAGAAGAAGUUUGACGACUUCAACGAUGACCUGAAGGCCAACGAGGUGCGACUCGCCAACAUGAACGAGAUUGCCGUGCAGCUGACUUCCCUGGGUCAAACGGAGGCCGCCCUGAAGAUCCAGACCCAGAUGCAAGACCUGAACGAGAAGUGGAACAACCUGCAGACACUGACCGCCGAAAAGGCCAGCCAGCUUGGUUCCGCCCACGAGGUGCAGCGAUUCCACCGUGACAUCGAUGAGACCAAGGAUUGGAUUACCGAGAAGGCCAAUGCCCUGAACAACGACGAUUUGGGCAAGGACUUGCGCAGUGUUCAGACCCUUCAGCGCAAGCACGAAGGUGUGGAACGUGAUUUGGCUGCCUUGCGGGAUAAGAUCCGCCAGCUGGACGAGACCGCCAACAGGCUGAUGCAGUCGCACCCGGACACCGCUGAGCAGACGUACGCCAAGCAGAAGGAGAUUAACGAGAUGUGGGACCAGAUCAUCACCAAGUCGACCGCCCGCAAGGAAAAGCUUUUGGACUCGUAUGAUCUGCAGCGCUUCCUCAGCGACUACCGCGAUCUGCUGGCCUGGAUCAACUCGAUGAUGAGCCUGGUCACCUCCGACGAGCUGGCCAACGAUGUCACCGGAGCCGAGGCUCUGAUCGAACGUCAUCAGGAACACCGCACGGAGAUCGAUGCUCGCGCUGGAACCUUCGGCGCCUUCGAGCAGUUCGGAAACGAGCUGCUGCAGGCCAACCACUAUGCCUCGCCGGAAAUCAAGGAGAAGAUCGAGGAUCUGGCCAAGGCACGUGAGGAUCUGGAGAAGGCCUGGACCGAGCGUCGUCUGCAGCUGGAGCAGAACUUGGAUCUGCAGCUGUACAUGCGCGACUGUGAGUUGGCCGAGUCCUGGAUGUCGGCCCGCGAGGCUUUCCUUAAUGCAGAGGAUGAUGCCAAUGCCGGCGGCAAUGUGGAGGCGCUGAUCAAGAAGCACGAGGACUUCGACAAGGCCAUCAACGGGCACGAGCAGAAGAUUGCGGCCCUGCAGACGGUGGCCGAUCAGUUGAUCGCCCAAAACCACUACGCCUCCAAUUUGGUGGACGAGAAGCGCAAGCAGGUGCUGGAGCGCUGGCGUCACCUCAAGGAUGGCCUGAUCGAGAAGCGAUCCAGGCUGGGAGACGAGCAGACGUUGCAGCAGUUCUCGCGCGAUGCCGAUGAGAUUGAGAACUGGAUCGCCGAGAAGCUGCAGCUGGCCACCGAAGAGAGCUACAAGGAUCCGGCCAACAUCCAGUCGAAGCACCAGAAGCACCAGGCCUUCGAGGCGGAGCUGGCGGCCAACGCUGACCGCAUCCAGAGCGUGCUGGCCAUGGGCGGCAACCUGAUCGACAAAAAGCAGUGCAGCGGGUCGGAGGACGCGGUGCAGAAGCGGCUGACACAGAUCGCCGAUCAGUGGGAGUACCUGACCCACAAGACUACCGAGAAGUCGCUUAAGCUGAAGGAGGCGAACAAGCAGCGCACCUAUAUCGCUGCUGUCAAGGAUUUGGACUUCUGGUUGGGCGAGGUCGAGAGUCUGUUGACCACUGAGGAUUCUGGUAAGGAUUUGGCCUCUGUCCAAAACCUCAUGAAGAAGCAUCAGUUGGUCGAGGCGGAUAUCGUGGCGCACGAAGACCGCAUCAAGGACAUGAACAACCAGGCCGAUUCCUUGGUGGAGAGCGGCCAGUUCGACACUGCCGGCAUCCAGGAGAAGCGCCAGAGCAUUAAUGAGCGCUACGAGCGCAUCUGCAACCUGGCGGCCCAUCGCCAGGCCCGUCUUAACGAGGCCCUGACCCUGCACCAGUUCUUCCGCGACAUCGCCGACGAGGAGAGCUGGAUCAAGGAGAAGAAGCUGCUGGUUGGCUCCGACGACUAUGGUCGCGAUCUGACCGGCGUCCAGAACCUCAAGAAGAAGCACAAGCGGCUGGAGGCCGAGUUGGCCUCCCACGAGCCGGCCAUUCAAGCUGUGCAGGAGGCUGGCGAGAAGCUAAUGGACGUGUCCAAUCUCGGUGUGCCGGAGAUCGAGCAGCGCCUGAAGGCCCUCAACCAGGCCUGGGCCGAGCUUAAGAACCUGGCCGCCACUCGUGGCCAGAAGCUGGAUGAGUCGCUGACGUACCAGCAGUUCCUUGCCCAGGUGGAGGAGGAGGAGGCCUGGAUCACCGAGAAGCAGCAACUGCUGUCCGUCGAGGACUACGGCGACUCAAUGGCCGCCGUCCAGGGUUUGUUGAAGAAGCACGACGCCUUCGAAACGGACUUCACUGCCCACAAGGACCGCUGCUCUUUGAUUUGCGACCAGGGUAGCGAGCUGGUGGAGGCCAAGAACCACCAUGGUGAGUCCAUUGCCCAGCGCUGCACCCAACUGCGCCACAAACUGGACAACCUGUCCGCCCUGGCCGCCCGCCGCAAGGGAGCCCUGCUGGACAACUCGGCCUAUCUGCAGUUCAUGUGGAAGGCCGAUGUGGUCGAGAGCUGGAUCGACGACAAGGAGAACUAUGUGCGCUCCGAUGAGUUCGGACGUGAUCUGUCCACCGUGCAGACGCUGUUGACCAAGCAGGAGACAUUCGAUGCAGGUCUCAACGCCUUCGAGCAGGAGGGUAUUCACAACAUCACGGCACUGAAGGACCAACUGAUCAACGCCAGUCACGCCCAGUCGCCGGCGAUCCUGAAGCGGCACGGAGACGUAAUUGCCAGGUGGCAGAAGCUGCGCGACGCCUCCGACACGCGCAAACAGCGACUGCUGGCCAUGCAGGAGCAGUUCCGCCAGAUCGAGGAACUCUACUUGACAUUUGCCAAGAAAGCUUCGGCCUUCAAUUCUUGGUUCGAAAAUGCCGAGGAGGAUCUCACAGAUCCUGUUCGCUGCAAUUCGAUCGAAGAAAUCCGCGCCCUGCGCGACGCCCAUGCCCAAUUCCAGGCGUCUCUGUCGUCGGCCGAAGCUGACUUCAAGGCAUUGGCAGCACUCGACCAGAAGAUCAAGAGCUUUAAUGUUGGACCCAAUCCCUACACGUGGUUCACCAUGGAAGCUCUUGAGGAGACCUGGCGUAACCUGCAAAAGAUCAUAGAGGAACGCGAUGGCGAACUUGCCAAGGAGGCCAAGCGGCAGGAGGAGAACGACAAGCUGCGCAAGGAAUUCGCCAAGCACGCUAAUCUCUUCCACCAGUGGCUGACUGAGACAAGAUAUUAUAUGCUGGGUUAUAACCGUCAAGGAACGUCCAUGAUGGAAGGCUCCGGUUCCCUGGAACAGCAACUGGAGGCACUUCGCGUCAAGGCCACUGAGGUGCGCGCCCGACGUGUUGACCUCAAGAAGAUCGAGGAGCUGGGAGCCCUGCUGGAGGAGCAUCUGAUCCUGGACAACCGCUACACGGAGCACUCGACGGUGGGCCUGGCCCAGCAAUGGGAUCAGCUCGACCAGCUUUCCAUGCGCAUGCAGCACAACCUGGAGCAGCAGAUCCAGGCACGCAACCACUCGGGCGUCUCCGAGGACUCGCUCAAGGAGUUCUCGAUGAUGUUCAAGCACUUUGACAAGGACAAGAGCGGCAAGCUCAACCACCAGGAGUUCAAGUCCUGCCUGCGCGCCCUCGGCUACGACCUGCCCAUGGUGGAGGAGGGACAGCCCGACCCGGAGUUCGAGGCUAUCCUCGAUGUGGUCGAUCCCAACCGCGAUGGCUACGUCUCCCUGCAGGAAUAUAUUGCGUUCAUGAUCUCCAAGGAGACGGAGAAUGUGCAGUCCUACGAGGAGAUCGAGAAUGCCUUCCGCGCCAUCACCGCCGCCGACCGCCCCUACGUCACCAAAGAGGAGCUCUACUGCAACCUCACCAAGGACAUGGCGGACUACUGUGUGCAGCGCAUGAAACCCUUCUCGGAACCCCGCUCCGGCCAGCCCAUCAAGGAUGCUCUGGACUACAUAGACUUUACGCGAACGCUUUUCCAGAACUAAAGAGCCUGCCUGGUCUUGUUUAGUGGCGCCUGAGCAUAUGUCUUACAAUUUAAAAUAUAUUUCUAAAAACCAACAAAACGCAAAAAAAAGGAAACAAAAAUAUAUAUUUACACCAUUAUUUUCGAUAAUUUAGUCUAUAAGUCAAACAGUUUAAUGCUUAUUUAAGAACCUAUGCCACAAUGAACCUAAAAUCAACAAUAGCACUUUGCAAUACAUAUUUAUCAACAAGUCUACGAACCAUUUGUAGUUUUUGCAUUUAUUUAACAACACCCCUUUAAAAGUAUCUUAAAUUUGGACGUUUCAGUUAGAAGAUUGGCAACGCGUCAGGUCGCCGAAGAAGAUAAAUAUCGAGGAUAUAAUCAAAGUAAUCUGAGCCAACGCCCGCGAAAAACAUGCGCCCGAAGAGCAGAUAAAAAGCUUAGCUUCCAGUAAUCAAGCAACUCACAUUUUCUAUACUGAAUGUCUGUAACUUGUAACGAGCAUAAAUACAAUUGAAAUAUCAAAAAGUUUAAGAUACUAUUGCUACCCAAAAUACAUAAUAUCCAGCCUUUGUGUUUUUCCAGUUUCUACGUGUAUUCGAAACGAAAGUAGUAAACUUUUUCAAAAGCAAAAAAAGAAAAACAAAACAAUAAAUAUUUGACUCUGUAUUGAACGUAUAUUUACAAUCCGUGAAUUGCAAAAAUAAAUAUAUUGCUGCAUGUCUAAAAAUGUUAA